CCUUAGUUUCAGCUUACACCAACCAAUCACGAGGCUUAGUUUUCUGUACCAUGUGAGACAAAAUGGACGUUGAAAGUGCUAUGAGUGAGCCACAGUCUUGUGUUUCAGGAUUCCAGGAAACCGGAGGUCCUCAAUUUAAUCUUUCCAAUGGUGAUGUUGACUCUCUAAUUCUUCAUCCACAGUCACAAAUUAGUUUAGGGGAUGAAUAUGUAAUGUUAGAGAAUAAUAUUGGUCUUGAUAUUGAGUCUGACUUUGCCGAAUCAUUUACCUCAACAGUUUCAAUGAUGAAAGGAGAUUUCUUGGAUGGAAAAUCUUUCCUGGAUUUCCAGGAGGAAGACACUGAAAAUAUUGACAUUAAUUGUGUGGAUAGGCCUAAAGAUCUCAUGGAAAUUCCUUUAAUAGAAGAAGAAUUUCAAAUAGACUGCCAAGCGGAGAUCAAACAAACUCAAAAAAAGCUAGAAAAUGAAACUCCUUCAAAUGAUGUUACUGUUGGAACAUUAAAGACUCCACCAUGCAUUGAGAGAGAAACUGGUGAUAGUAAUUUGUCAGAAAAUUGUACAGAUACUGAGAGAAACAAUGUUAAACUAACACCCUUCAUGCCUAAAUCAACUGUUAAUGAUGAAACCUCAGUAAGUUUGGCUAGUGAGGAAUCUGAAAGUAUAGCAAAAGAAGCUGUUGAGGAAAAUCUAACAUUAGAAGACCAAAGCCCUGAACCUCACCAGAUGGAAGAAAAUAUGGUUGAGUCAAUUCUUCCAGCUAAUUCAGAAACUACAAACUUGAGAAAGAAACUUUUCCUUGAACAGGAUUUGUCAGUAAAAAGCAAUGAAAAUAAUUUGAAGGAACUUUUAAAGGUAACAGUUCCAUGUCUUCAAGAUACUGAGGAUUUGAGAAAGCUGUGCCUUAAAAUGGGACUACACAUGACAGGGAUUUACAGACCAAAACGGAGAGUUUCUAGUGUCAAACCAUUUUGUCCAGAUUUGCCAAGUGAGAAAUCGAAAAAAACAAUAAAAAAUAUUUUUGAAGUGGAAGAUAUAGUGGACUAUGUUAAAGAUCAGGGAAAAGGAUGGUAUUUCGUGAAGUGGAAAAAUUGGCAUGAUGAUUUUAACACAUGGGAACCUUUUAAAAAUCUUGUUGGCUGCCAGAUGUUAUUAAAGAAGUUCCACAGCAAUAGGGAGAACAUGAGAAAGAGGAAAUUAAGUGAGGACAGCAGUUCUGAUUCUGAAAAAUUGAAAAUAAAGAAUUUAAUCAGCACACUUUGCAAGUCUUCACCAGAUGAUCUUGCAACUAUUUUGAAACUAAGAGGAAUCUCACUUGCAGAUUUCUACAACUCUAACCUAAGUGCAAAAAAAAUAAAAAAAGACUUGCUGCUUACAGUUUCAGGAACAAUGAAAGAGAAUGCAAAUACAAUGAUGAAACACUUGGAGAUUGAAAACAGCUUUGGUUCAGAAUCUGCUUUAAUUGCCUUUGCAGAGAAGCGAAAAGAAGUUUUGUUACGGCUGAAAGAAUGGGAAAGAGACAUAAAUCAGCUUAGUGAUGGUGCUCCCAUUAUUGUUGAAAAUCAUGUGGACAUAGAAGGGCCACCAGAAAAUUUCACAUAUAUAACUGAUUAUAAACCAAGUGAAGGAAUUGUUAUUCCUGAGGAUCCACUUGUUGGAUGUGAAUGUGACAGUUGCCUUGAAAGUCAAAAAAACUGUUGCUCUACCCAGUCUGGAGGCCUGUUUGCAUAUAAUCGAUACGGGUAUUUAAAAGUCGAACCUGGCGUACCAAUCUAUGAAUGUAACAAGCGCUGUAAGUGUGGACAUACCUGCCACAAUAGGGUUGUUCAGCAUGGAAGAAAGGUUAAGUUGGCAAUAUUUAGAACAGAUGAUGGUAGAGGAUGGGGAGUGAAAACUCUUGAAAAAAUCAAAAAGGGGACUUUUGUUAUGGAAUAUGUUGGUGAGGUUAUAACAAGUGAAGAAGCUGAAAAAAGAGGGCAGAUAUAUGACAGUAGAGGAAGGACAUAUCUUUUUGAUUUGGAUUACAAUGAUGGAGAUUGCCCAUUUACUGUAGAUGCUGCACACUAUGGAAAUGUCACACACUUUGUUAACCAUUCUUGUGACCCGAACCUUGUCGUGUUUGGAGUAUGGAUUAACAACUUAGAUCCUAGAUUACCCAGGAUUGCAUUCUUCAGUAGAAGAGAGAUUAAGAGAGGAGAGGAGUUGACUUUCGAUUAUAAGAUGACAGGUGAAACAGGAGAGAACCACCUAUCAAAAGGACCCAUGUCACCAUCCUGCAUGAAUACGUCGGGAGAAGCCAAAACUCCGCCAACAUCACCCAUCAAGGACGAAUCUGGGUUUACCCCAAAUAAGGCCAACACAGAGGUUCCCCAGAAUAAGCGUAUACCAUGUAAAUGUGGUGUACCAAACUGUCGUAAAUACCUCUUCUGAAAAUAAAAAUAGGAGCAGUCAUGUCUGCUGUAGUUCAGAAUUGACACAGUUCAUAAACACUGAAUAUCAACAUUCUGUCAUUUCCAUCCUAACAUUUUGCAUGGUCAGUAAAUGAACUUGAUAUUCUAAAGUAGUGACAACCCAUAUGUACACAUAUUCAUAAAUUUGUCUUGAUGUUAUAGAAGCUCUAUGAUAUGUAAAAAUAUAAUAAUAAUUCCUAACAACAAUAUUAUUUCAGUGUUUAAGCUGGAACUCGUGUUACAAGCAUGCAAAAUUAUAAUGAAAUGAGUUAGUAAGUCAAAGAUUUAUUAGGUAAAUACAGAACCAGUUGACAACACUGCACAUUGAAAUGAAUCACGUCAUAACUCUGAGACACUUUUAAUUUUUAAUUUUCUUUUAAUUUUUGAGUGGUAACACACAAGCUAUGUGUUUAAAUGUUUAACAAGUAUUCAAUACACUUUAACUAAGAAAAGCAUGAUAAAAGUUAUACUGUACAUCAACAUGAAACACAAAAACCCUUUUAAAUUAUAAACACCCUGUAGUUUUUUUUUUCAUAUAAUGAAUACUUAAUGUUCAUUUACAGUUAUUCUUAAGCGAUUUGGUCAUUUUCAUUACCACAUCAGACACUAUGUUUCAUAGUAAGUUAGUUGAAUGUUGAAAAAUGUUAAAUUGCAAAAAAAUCAGAACUUCACAAAUAUUAAAUAUAGGUGGUUUUUUUUUAUUAGUAGUAAUUUUUCAAUUAGGUGCAAUUUUCAGUUGUGUAUUUUUUUAAAAAAAAAGGUUAGCUUAAUAAAAGUAAUCUUACCCAUUCAGUUUCCUUUUUAAAGCAAAAGUGUUUUGUAGUCUCUUUAAAAACAUCCAUUUCGGGCAUGUCACCAAACUUGAUGCCAAAGCUUAUUGUUGUUUUUUUUCCACCCACUCCCAUCUCCUGUAGUGACUUAUUUAGCAUAUUAUUAUAAUUUUCUUUUUCAAGGAACAUAGCUAGUAUCUUACAGUAUUUUCUUUUUUCUGUGAACUGAUUAAAUAUCUUUCAGUUCUCCCUCUCUUCCUAGAACUUUAAUUAGUGUCUUAUUACCCUUCCUCUAUCCUGAAAAGUUAACUAAUUUCUUACUAUCCUUUCUUCUGGAUACUUAACUUACUUUUUCUUCCUCUACAAGCAUAUUUGUUAAUUUUCACCUUGAUUUGUUUCCUGUUGGGAAUUUAAUUAGUAUGUAGGUAUCCUUUUCUCCAUUUAAAAUCUUGUAUCCUCUGAUCAAUUCAUUUCCUUAUGAAGUUGUAUUGCACCAUCCUUCCUAUCCCUUAAUAGCUGGUAUCCUUCCAUCUUUCCCUUCCUUUGUGAAUUUAAAUUUUAUCUUUUUUUCUUUCCUUUAUAAAAUUUUACUAGAUAUUUAAUUUGUACUUUUAGAUCAAAACUCAUCAUUUCUCUUAAGAACAUGUAUAUCUUACUAUCCUUUCCCUCACCAUAGGACAUAACUGGAAUUUUACUAUCACCUGUUAACUAGAAAAUUCAAUUAAAUUAUGUGUCUAAAGUUUCAGUUUUGUAGUAAACAUUUAGUUCUUGUAGACAUUGAUAAUAGCUACUAAUUCUUAUUGUUAAAAUUAUAGUAAAAGAAGCUAAUUUCCUUAAAAAUUAAGAGCUAAAAAAAUUAAAUGGUACUUUUUGGAAGUGUGUUUAUUAAAGUAAUGUGAACUUGUAUUUGUUUUAAAUGUUAUUCAGUCAGACAAUUUAACUUUUGUAAUAGUAAAUAUCUGAAAUUCAGAAUCUUGGCUCAGUCAGGCAGUCUGUUGACACUCUUAAUACUAAAUAUCUGGAAGCUUAUUUUUGUCAAGCUGGUUAACACAUCUGAUAUUAGUUCAGUUAGAUUGUUUGUUUCUCUUAUAUGUUUGGAAUUUUAGUUUUACUUUGUUGUUUUACAGUUCUCUCAUUUAUAACACCUGACAUUUUAGUUCUGUUAAAAAUGUGUUCAGUUGUUGACUCCUGAGGCUUGAUAUAGUCAAACUAUUUAUAUGUUUUGGUCAAACAUAUGAACUUCUAGCUCACACUUUAGUCACAUUGAACUGUAGUCUCUCACCAGUUGUAGUUUUUGGCAGUGUUUGGAACACAAGGUUCUGAGUGAAGCUUCAUAUCAGUUGUGCUAUAUAUUACUAAUCUUGUAACACUUUCUAUGUUUUAUUUCAAAUAUCAAUCAAAUAUUGCUGAAUUUUCACUUUUACACACUAAGUAUCAAUGCCUGAAAUAUUACUUGAAAUAGUGUCUUGUUAAUCAACUAGUAUUGUCUUAAGUAGUUAUUUUACAUCAGAUACCAAUACUAUAUCCAAAAUAGCUUGUCAUACACACACACAUCAAGAAAUAGUGCCUAAAAAGCUGAUCCAAAGUGUUAUUUUAUGCACCAGACCUGAAGUACUAGAUUAUCCUCAGUACUUUUUCACAUGCCAAAUACCAGUGCCUGAAAUGAUGCUUUCUCAUUAGUGUUUUUUAUUUUUCACACGUAAAGUACUGAUGUGUAAAAUAUUAGCUCAUUCAUAUUGUGUUUAUACAAAUAAUUUUUUUCGUAGUAAUUAAAAAUGCAUCAAGUCUAAAAUUAGCUAUAUUAUUUCUUAACCUACCAACAACUAAAUUUUCCAUUUUUUUUUUUUUUUUACUUUUCACAUAAGGUAAUGCAACUUCAAUAUAAAAGAGUAUUUUAGCUGUGAAACAUAUAUUGGUUUUUCUUUUCUCUGUGGUAUCUUUU